AAAAACAAAUCGAAACUUUUGAACGCUCUUUCUCUCUCCUAUCCUAUCGUCUCUCUCUCUCUCACACACACAGUUGCUGCCAAAUUCUCUACCCCUUCUGUAGCAUACCACACAAGCUUCGAACUUUCCGGCACCCCAUUUUGCGUUUCCUAGUGAAUUUCAAAACCGUACUUAUCGUUUUCGGUGUUCUCCAACUCCUUGCCGGAAAACUGAAACCCUAGGGUUUUCCCCAUUUCUGGUUUCUGGCGACGAAAAUUGCGACCUUACCAUGAUUUGCGCAGCGAUUUCGUCCACUAAAGAUGACUAAGGGCAUCUCGGAUCCCGGUGGGAGUGGAGGCGGUGGCUUCCACGAGGUUCACGCGGAGCGUGACCUAGAAUCCAAUUGGGAAGUUGACCUCGCCAAGAAGCUUGAGGAGUAUCUUCUGAAAAUUUGCUCCGGCGAGAUAACCAGCGAAGAAGAAGGACAUAUUCCUGUUAAUUUCGCCGAAGCUGCUCUGCUGCUUCAGGGUUCCAUACAGGUGUAUAGUCGAAAGGUCGAGUAUCUCUACACCUUGGUCUUGCGUGCUUUGGAGUUUCUUUCUCAGAAAAGACAGCAAGAUCAUAUUGAUGGAACAUCUGUUCAACCUGAAGAAAAUGGUGGCUGUGCAGUUGCUGGUGAAGAAAAUGAUCAAUUUUGGGGCUUAGAUGAAAUCCCAGUUGAAGAAAAGAAUUCCUUGGAUGGUACAGCAGGCAAAGAAGUGAAUUUGGAUCACUUUAUAAAACCUCCUGCAAAUCUAGUUGUUCUUGAGGGUGACUGCUUUGAUUCUGGUGGUGAUGGAGGGGAAUUGGAGUCUUUUCUGUUGUCCACCACAAACCUGUACCAGGACUUUAUUUUAUUGGACAUGUCUGAUGCUGUUGCAGUUAAUGAGUUUCUUAAGGGAAGCAAUGCUGCCACAACUCAAAAAGAUAUUAACAGAGAUACCUCAACUCGUAAAAGCUUUCUUUCUCCCACACGUUCUGGUGGAAGUGCUCGUAGAUUAUCGGCUGCUAAGAGUCAGUUUGCUACUUCCAACUGCUCUCCUAAACAUAAUUGUAGUUCUGAUGCCGAAAAUAUUCAGCCUAGUUCUCCUGCUUCUGCUGGUCUUAAUGACUGCAACUAUGGAUUUAAUAUGGAUGGUGGAUGUGAUGCAUCUAGGGAUUCAGACAAUUCAGAUGACAAUAAUGAUGAUCCAUGGAAACCUUUGAAUCCUCAUGAACAGGGCAACUUGAGGGUGAAGCCAUUCAGAAAAGUGAAAUCUUUAAAAAAGAACAACUUCAAUGUAAGACAACCAGUUACGAUGAGCACCUUGUUUCCACUUGCAAAAUUGCAUGGUCCUAUCAGUCCAGAGCUCAUGGAAAUGUGGGAGAUGCGACAACAUGUGCAUGAACGACAAUGGGAUUCUCAACCUCCAUUAUAUGAGAAGCUGAGGCAAUCUCUGAUUAAUGAGGGGAAUGAAACUGGUGGAACAUUUUUCAACUCGGGGGCUGACAAUGAAGACAAUGACAAUGAAUAUGAUAGUGGAAAUCAUGAUUUUGAUAUACCAGACAAUGCUUACAUGGAAGAAGAUAUACCUCCUUUCCGUAAAGAGGAUGAAUUUGAGGACGUUCAUUUCAACAUUGAUGAAGCUAUAGAUCUUUCUCAGGCUAGUUUGGAAGAUCUUUGCCGCUCUCACCUGAAUGCUCUCUUAGCUAGCAUUGCUGAAUCUGAGAAGCAAACUGAAAUGGCUGCUAGAGUUUCAACGUGGAAACAAAGAAUUGAGCACAACUUGGAAGAACAGGAAUCACAUCCACCAUUUGAUAUCCAAGACUAUGGUGAGAGAAUUCUUGACAAGUUCUCCUUGCUCUCCCUUGAACCAAGCAGUAGCGGUGUCCUAUCCUUUUCUGAUUUGGUCGGGGGUCAAGAGAAGUAUGAUGUGGCCCGAAGUUUCUCUUCCCUUCUUCAACUGGUAAACAAUGGAGAAGUAGCUCUAGAAAGAAAUGGAGUUGAUGGGGUGUCUGUGUGCUACGCUUCUGAAAAUCCCUUUCAUGUUAGGCUCCUCAAGCGGGCUAAGGAAAGGGAGGAUGGCCAGAUUCUUUUGCCGAAAAAGAGAGCAAAGUCUCCAACAAAAAAGCCCUCUAAUAAAGGUCACAAGAACAAAGCCGAAAUAGAAAGAGAAAGGUCUUCCUCAUCUUCUAGGAAAUAUGGAUCAACUGGGUUGUCACCACCAGCAAAUUGUAAGUUUUCUGUAAAGCUUGGAAAGGUGAGUGCCAUAAGAUUAUCUCCCGAAUCCAAAAGAAGGAGGAGAUCUCAGUAUGUUGAACCGGUUAACUUACAUUCAGCAGGGUGACAGUGACGACAGCAGCAGCUUAUUCCACACUGCCCCUCGAAUGAUUCAAGACAUUUGCUAGAUGUCAUAGGUUUAGUUUAAGUUAUGAAGUCAUUAAACUAACAUUAGUUUUACCCUGUAUCAUUAUUCUUGUUGAUGGCAUUAACAUAUUGUUGUAAUGAUAUCCCCAUGUAACAUCAUGAAUUCUUAACAAUGUAAUAACUGUCUAUGCCCAA